AUGGCUGGUGAGGGGAAAAGCUGUGUUUCCACGGAAGCGUGUGAUGUGUUGGAAUCGGUUUCUUUUCUGAACAUAGAGGGUAAACCUUCACCCUUAGAGUCAACGGUAUUGCCUAAUACAGAGGAACAGCAGGUAUAUGAGCCUUUGAAAGUCUUCUUGAGAGUGAGGCCCUUUGCUUUAGCAGAGCUUGAAAGCCAUGAAUCCCAGGGUUGUGUUACUAUUAAAGAUGCCCAGACAGUAAUUCUUAGUGCACCCAAAGAGUCUUCUGCAAUGAAGAACAGUGAGAGAGGCAUUGGUCAUGCUGUGCACAGCUUUACCUUUUCUCAGGUCUUUGGACCAGAAACUACUCAGAGUGAAUUUUUUGAAGGCUCAACGAAAGAUAUCAUAAGAGCAUAUGUUAAUGGAGUGAAUGGACUGGUAUUUACUUAUGGAGUUACAAACGCAGGCAAGACAUUCACUAUCCAAGGGACUUCAAAAGAUCUUGGUAUUUUACCUCGCUCACUUGAUGUGAUUUUUAACCACAUAAGAGGAAGACAUUACCUGAAGAUGAACUUCAAACCAUAUUUGAGCAGUGAUGUUAAGAAACUAGAAGAUGAACAAGUUAAGCAAGAAGAAGCCUUAAAAGCUGCUCUUCUUGCAUCAUUGAAAGAGGAGACAGAGAGCAUCUCAAGUCCUACAACAAAUUUCUGUGAUGUGAAGUUGGAUUCUUCUAACUGUACUUCAGACAAUCACCCUUCUAACUCCCUAGCAGAGAAGAACUUUGCUCCAUUUGACAUUCAUAGGACCCAUAUGCACCAAAGAACACAAGCAUCUGUGUGGAUUUCCUUUUGUGAAAUUUAUAAUGAAUAUGUGUAUGACCUAUUAAGUAUUUUAUCUGCAUCAAAAACUCAAAGGCGCAGAGUUUUAAGAAUUUGUGAGGAUCAAGGAGGAAAUUGUUACAUUAAAGAUUUAAAGUGGAUUAAUGUUCAGAGCACUGAAGAAGCCUGCAGACUACUAAAAGUAGGAAACAAGAACCGAAGCUUUGCCUGUACCAGAAUGAAUGAGCAAUCAAGUAGAAGUCACAGUAUAUUUUCCAUCAGGCUGCUCAAGCUAACUGAUGAGCAUCAGCCACGUGUUCUUGGAGUAUCAGAGUUGUCUUUCUGUGACUUGGCUGGUUCAGAGAGGUGUAAUAAAACACAUGUCUUUGGAGACAGACUAAAAGAAGCAGGAAAUAUUAAUAAUUCUCUUCACAUCCUUGGAAAGUGCAUUGCAGCAUUGAAGCAAAAUCAAAACCCAAAGAUGAAGCCAAGCUAUAUUCCAUUCAGAGAGAGUAAAUUGACUCGUCUGUUUCAGCCAUUUUUUUGUGGGAAAGGCAAAGCUUGUAUGAUUGUAAACAUCAAUCAGCAUCCUUCCACCUAUGAUGAAACACUGCAUGUAAUGAAAUUUUCGGCUAUAGCCAGGCAGGUUACCCAGACGAUCCUGCCAAACAAUUUUGGUUAUUUUCCACCAAAACUAGUUGGAGGUGAUGUCAAACCUAUCAUGCACUUUGAUGCUAGCACAUCUGUGGAUGACUUUGCUGGCAGUACUGAAACCUCUGCAGAAGAGGAAGUGGACAUCACCAUUCUGAGUCAUGAGGAGCUUUUGAAAGCUGCAGAGGACUUAAAGGAGAAGGUAGCUGCAGAAAGGCAAAGUAAGCUCUUUCUGGAGGUGAAGAUACGUAAAGAGAUGGCAGAAGCAAUGUUUCAACAGCUGUUGGAAACAGAGGAAGCCUGGAGCAACCGCUUGGAGGAUAUGAAGGACAGUUAUGAGGAAAAGCUCGAGAGCAAAUUUGAAAUGUAUAAAGAGGCCAUUAAGAAACAUGCUUAUAUGUGUGCAAUGGAACAAAUUGAAGACCAUUAUGUUCCCAUAGAAGAAUUUCUAGCUGAACAAGAGAAAGUUGAGGAUAGAGAGAGGAAAAUACUGCAAUUGCAACGACAACUUGAUGAACAGUCAGGGAGGCUGUUGGCUCUGGGAAGUCUGAGCUCGGAUGUUCUGACUACUGAAAAUAACAUGGAACGAGAUCUUAUGGACAGAACAUUGAAGAGAGCCACUGAAGUAUUGCAGAAACAAUGUGAAGAGAAGGAAGAGCUUAUAAAGUCUCUGAAGUGUAAAAUACAGAAACUAAAUGAAAGCCUGCUAGAAGCUAAUGAAGGCUACAGAAAAAUGGCAGAAGAAAACAGUCAACUGAAGCACACCAUCAUGCUCAAGGAUCAAGAAAUGACUAGUCUUCAGAACUGGGCUAAACGUGUUCUUGAGCUUGAAGAAACAGUGUCUUCCCUGCAAAAAGAACUUGGAGAACAGAAAAAGCAUUUCUUUGCAGAGGAGUCAAAACAGCAGAAACCUAGGAGAGGUUUGCUGGCUAACCUGAAAUCCACAGUAGCAUCCACUGAUGGUACACCUCUUGGUAAAGGCUGGGGGAAGUAUGAAGAGGCUUCACCCAAUUCAAGAAAACAAGUACUGUUGCCUCAUAAAGCAAAAGAAUAGUAUUUGAUAAAUCAAAGUGUGCAAUUACUGGGCUUCUUUAUUGGUCCUAAACUGUUGAUAGCUCUUUCUCACUCUUAGAUGUCAUCUUCACUGUCAUGUUGACUGACAGAAAAAUGUUUAAUACAGAACUUUUUAAAUUGAAUCAGGGUUGAAUU